GUUCUGGAAUAAGAGUACAUGCUAACAGAGAACCUAUGGUUGUGUACAGAGGAUAUAUGAAUGGACGAAGGCGGCGAAAUGGGUAUAAAUCAGUGGCACAAAUUCUUGAAAAAUGGAAGAUUCACAAUCAACAAAUGGGCAAUUCAUCAAGCAUUGAUGAAGCCAAGAAAAAGGUACAAAAGGGUCCAGCAAGAGGAUCAAGAAAAGGGUGUAUGCCUGGUAAAGGAGGCCCUGAAAACUUGGAUUGCACAUUCAGAGGUGUAAGGCAAAGGACAUGGGGCAAAUGGGUUGCUGAAAUUCGUGAACCCAUCAACUGUAGUGCAACUACAGAGUAUAAUGAACAGAGAAAACGCAGCAGAAGAUUAUGGUUAGGAACUUUCUCUACUGCCAUUGAAGCAGCCUUAGCUUAUGAUGAAGCAGCUAAGGUUAUGUAUGGCCCUUCUGCCAUUCUCAACUUUCCUAUUCCAAAACAAGAUGAUUGUAAUUCAAACAUUUUAGGUCCUGAUUCUCAUACAACUAAAGGAUUUGAAGAAGAACAAGAGAAAAACCAGCUUAAAUCAUCCAUGAAUUUAGGGUUUGAUUACACCCAAGAAUGGAUGAUGGACCCAAUUGGAGAUCCUAAUUUGGGGUUGAAGCAAGAAGAACAGCAUGAUUAUGGGUUUAUGGAUGAUCAUCCAUUGUUUUACACUGACUCUUGGUGUCAUACCAAGUCUUCUGUUGAUGGUAUUAUGUCUAACUACAAAUUACAACCCACUUUUAGUGGUAAUUUAGGCUUUGAUUUCAUCAAUUCUUCUGAUGGGAUCAUGUCUAACUACCAGUCUUGUUGAUGAAUUAUACUAGGAGCAGCACAAAUGGUUCAGCAGAGGGUUUUUUUUUAUGCUUGGU